CCCACAGAUCUUGUGACUCAAAGGUUACUAUUCUACCGUAAUCGACGCAAUAAGAACGCGGCUAGACGCCAUUUUCAAGACCACCGCCGUCAUCAAUACGCACAAGCCGAAUCAUGAUGGAUAAGCUCACCACACCACCACCGAGUGUCAUGCUCCCGCAAGAGCUUGAAACAUCUUCCCCUGAAUGCCAUGAGCAAGCUCCAGCUUCGCCUUCUUUGCCUCUAUCGACGGCGCUGCUCCCCAUUCGAGAGUUGGCUGGUCGCGGCAAGGUUACUUGGAUCUGGGAUUGCUGCCAAUGUGGACAGGCAGGCCUCAGAGUCAGCGUUGAUCCUUGCCCACGCUGCAAUACACAGCGCUGUCCCUUUUGUACCACCAAGCGCCUCCGUGUCCGUAGUGCCGAUAUUCUUGAGCCUUGGGACGAAAGCGAUGAUUGAUAUGACGAAGGUUCGUUGUGUACGGGGACAUGAUUGUAAUGUGAGGGGGAUCAUGUAUUUACACAACAUUUGAAGAACCCAUAGCUCAAGCAAAGUACGUCGUUAGAAA